AUGGGAAAUUUAGCCAAUACACCCCCUUCGCAAGAGCUGAUGCACUUAAUACACCAGAAUGAGAAGCACACGUGCGUUUUCACCGGCCUGGAACGAAACCACUCCAUAAGUGCUGUCAACUCGAAAGGGCGGGACCGGGGGAAGAGCUCCUCUUUCUGCACUGGGCCGUCUGGAGGCGGCUGGGGGGGAGGCCUUCUUCCCGGAGGCCGGGCGGUGAAGCACCUCUCCUCCGUGGCCGCCUCCACCCCGGCCCUCGCUCGCCCCUCGAACCCUGACCAUUUCCAGCUGCUCCUCUCGGAGAGGAAACCUUGGGCGACUGCACGGGACGCGCCCAGGCUCGGAGGACAGAGCACGGAGCGAAGGGGCGCGCCGGCAGGGACCCCGGCCCCGGUGAGCACGCGGACAGACAGUGGGCGCGCCGCCACUACAGCCACCCCCGAGGGUGAGCCCAGGGAACUCGGGAUGGAAACAGCAAGCCCGCCGUCAGACACUGCAGGCACCACCUCACCGCCCCUGCCACCCCAACGGCACACCGAGGAAACUCAGGACGCUGGCCCCAGAGAGCUGAGUGAUCACUUGAUGUUCCAACUACCUGGUCUUUGCUGCUAAAACUCCUAUAGAUCCUGGCUCCCCCCUUGCCUCUUUGGAGCAAUCUCUCAGAGUUAUCUGAGAUGCUGUGUCCGGGCUUAAGUCCUCAGUUUUGUCCACCAAAUAAAACGUAACUCUCAACUUUUAGGUGGUGCAUUUUUUUUUCAGUCUACACAU